AAAGAAACUAUCGACGUCAAUUCGAGUGGCUUCAAAAAAUUUUAGCUUCUAUUUCUCCCUAUUCUUUAUUUUGCGACUCUUUUUAGUUUCUUUACUCUUCUUUGUUUAAAUAGAACAAACCCCCACCAAUUGAAUAAAAAAAAAACACAUAUGGAAGCAGCUGAUAAUAUCAAUCGCAAACGUAAAUUGGCGUCUCCCGAACCUGAACUCGAAAAUUCGGCAAAGAAGCCUUUGGUAUCUGAAGAAUCUGAGGAUGACGUUAAAGCAGACAUUAAACUAGAAGAUGCUCAAGCGAUCGAAACACCAACUGAAGUUCGCGAAGACAACGAACCGAACGCAUCAACCGAAGCACCAGCAGAAGAAGCCAAAACUGAAGAUGUCGCUGAGGAAAAACCUACUAUCGAUAAUGAAGAAACGACCCCAGCAACUUUAGAAAAAAGCGAUAAUUCAAAACAGCCCUUCACUUCUGUUGUACCCUUUGACAGAUUGAUUAUUCUUCAUCUUGAAGCCACCUGUGACGAAAAUCCAACCAAUCCAGCUGCAGUUCAAGUAACAAAGGAGAAUUCUGAAGUCAUUGAACUUUCAUUUGUUGUUGUUAAUGCACACACUAUGGAAGUCUUACAUAAACAGCAAAUAUUUGUCAAACCAGAGCGUACACCGCUUACAUCCUUCUGUAGCGAAAUUACCGGCAUUAAAUCUUCCAUGUUGGAAGAAGCCGGGAGUUUAAGUGAUGCCAUUAAUAAAUUGGAUGAAUACAUACAAAGGGAAAUUAUUGGAACGGAUGGUCAAAAUGAUAGUUUGGAUACGGAAGGGAACGGAACAUCAGCAACUGGAGAGAAUAAGGGUAGUAGUGGUGGAAGUAGUGGCGGAAGGAAGAGUUUCUGCUUUGUGACUCAUGGCGGGUGGGCAUUGCGUAUCCAGUUACCAAGGGAAGCAAGGGAUAAAGGUUUGGCAUUACCCAAUUAUUUGGCCUAUUGUCGUAUGUUUGAUUUGAAGCAAGAAAUUCAGCGUUGGCAAGUACAUCAUCCUGAGUUCAGUUUCAAAUCUACUUCUGUGCGGGAUUUAUGUGAAUUAUUUGGAUUGGAGCGUGUCAAAGAUCAUACGGUGGGGUUGAAUCAUGCAUUAACAAAUGUCGAAAUUAUGCGUUACUUGUUGAAGUUUCGACAUGAGGAUGUGUUUGUGUAUCCCAUUGAUACUGAGGCCGAUUUGAAACAGUUCAAGAAGGAAGAGUCCAAAGUGAUUCAUUUAGCGGGUUUGCCCUUUGAAGUGACUCAAGGUGAAUUAGAAGCGUGGUUCUCUUCUAAUGGAUUACGUCCUAUGACAAUGUGGAUGCUGCAGUUGACUGACAAUGCCAAGCCAAGUAUUUCAGGUUUUGUCGUCUUUGCACAUCAUCAAGAUGCUAUGCGUGCAUUAGUAUUGAACGGACGCUGUCUAGGCGAUCGUCCGAUUGAAGUGUGUCCUAGUUCAGCUCGCGUGAUUGAAAAGGCUGGCAACAUGCUGGUAGCCUUUCCUGUUCAAGCCAAGACAAGGCAGCUCCGUCCAGGAGAUUGGAUGUGCUUCAACUGUAAUUUCCACAAUUUUGCUUCAAGACUCUAUUGCUUCAAAUGUAAUACCGAGAACCCUAAUCCUGGACCGACAGCUGGUCAUGUCCCCUAUAGUCAGCCUUUCACACCAGGUGAUUGGAUGUGUCCUCAAUGUAACUACCACAAUUAUUCAUCUCGUAUUCAUUGUAAAAAGUGCUCUGGACCCAGACCACCUCAGGUGCCUCCCGUAAACAGACAUAAAAAGUUAAUCAAUACACCCGGUGGCGGUACGAAAAGAUACCCUCCAGCUCCUCAUCAACAAGCACCUCCUCCUGGACAAUCUUUAACAGCAUCAGGUCCAUACCAAUCAGCUCCUCCUCCUCAUCAUCAGCCAUCCCCUUACCAACAGCAGCCACCUUCUUACCAGCCCUCUUCAUCCUAUCAACCUUCUACUAGCUAUCAGCAACCGCCUGGCUAUGGUGCACCUGGUGGCGUUCCUCCUCAUCAUCAAUCCUCCCCUUAUCAGCAGCAAUCACCUUCUUACCAACCUUCGUCCUCUUAUCAACCUUCUACAGGCUAUCAACCCUCCGGUUACGGAGCGCCCAGUGGUGCACCUCCCAGUGCUGGACCGUCCGGUUAUCAUGGAGGUUACGGUGCUGGAGGCAGUCAUCAUCACAUUACUUUCAGACCUGGUGAUUGGUACUGUCCUAACGCCAAUUGUGGUUUCCAGAAUUUUGCUUCUCGUAGUGUAUGCUUCCGUUGUCAUACACCUAAUCCUAACCAACAACAACAGCCACCUCAUCACCAAAGUCAUCAUUUUCCUGGGCAGGGACAACACCAGCCUUAUACACCUAUGUAAAGAAAAAAAAAUUAAGUCUAUAAUAUAAUAAAAGAAUAAAGGUAGCUAUCAUUGAGGUUUUUACGAUGGAUGAAGAGUUUAUAUGCCUUUAAUUACUUUUUUUUUUUUUUUUUUUUUUUUUUUUU